AUGGUUCCUGUUACUACAUCAACCCUCUUGUUUGCUGUGUUACUCCUGACCACCCAAAUUGUCAAUGGCCUUCCACAACAAUUCAAACGCGCUCAAGAUCCAGAAGUUUUAGAAAGGCGAGACUUGUUCAGAAGAGCUUCUGCUGCCAGCCCAUGUUCAAAGCUGGAUUUGGAUGAUGCACAAUCACUUCCAGGGUGGCCAAAGCUCGAGCAAUACGCCAGGUCAAAAUGGGGCGAGGGAGAAUGGACAAUCAUCAUCAAUCCCCCCGGUUAUCGUAAAGACAAGCCUGCUACAAUGUGUGUCGCGGAUCCCGUUAAGAUUGAGAUGACUGGUGACUCGAAAUGCAAUGAAACCAGGAAGGACAUACCACCGGUUAAGAAAGAUUCUAACCACAUUAAGGUCAAUGAAGGGUAUACAAAUACGGGGAACUGGAAUAUCACUAAUGUGACCACCGCCGCUCAUGCUGAAUUUUUCUCGGGAAAUUUCCAAUUGCCCAAUAUCACCAAGCUCCAUCUCGACUCUCUUACCGCCGUUGGAAAGUUUAUCAAUGCUCCUGACAAUAGCUUCGUUACAGUGGUCUCAAAUGUGACUUACAAGAACACUGAACUGACUCCGGUUCCUGAUAAACAUUGCAUUGGAACAAUUCUCGAGCAAGAGUGUAUUACUCCCGCGAAAGGUCGUAUUCAACUGGUUGCUUCUGGAUACAUCUGGUUCAAGUACAAGACCAAGGCAAGGCAUUACUUCUUUGUGUAA